UGAGGGAGGCCGCAGAGCCAGAAAAUGAGAUAGGGAGGGGCGGAAAGGAGGAGGAAAAGUAAGAAUCCAGAGCAAGUCGCAACAAGAUCCAGAGCCAACCAAAACCCGUUUUUCAAAUUUUGGGGCUUUGGUAGGGCUGCUUCUGCAGUAUCUAAUCCAGCAGGCAAUGCCCAUAAUUUAACUUUUUCCAUUGUUGCUUUAUAAUAAUCCAUCCUUCGCGAUGCGAUUCGAGUCCGCGGCGGUCGUCGACGAGCAACGACUUCGCAACGGUUGUCGUUUUAAAUGAAGAGGGAAGUACAACAUCAUCAUCGUCUUCUUCUUCAUCAUCAUCGAAUUAUUGAUGGUGUUGAUGAAUGGGAUUUCAAUUGCAGAUGAAUUGGCAGCCAAGUUUACUGAGUCAAAAAAGGAAGAACGGUCCGCCUUUAGGGUUGAGAAAUCUUGGCAACUCUUGCUAUCUCAAUAGCGUCCUUCAGUGCCUCACUUACACACCUCCCCUCGCUAAUUUUUGUCUACGUUUACAACACUCUUCUCUCUGUGAUUCGGUUUCCAACGGGGAGCGGAAGCGUGAGUGUCCUUUUUGCAUACUGGAGAAACGGAUAGUCCGUUCCCUAAGCCUGGACCUAAACCUUGAUGCCCCAGCUAAGAUCCAGAGCUGUCUCAGGAUUUUUGCUGAGCAUUUUCGGUGCGGUCGCCAAGAGGAUGCACAUGAGUUCCUGCGUUAUGUCAUUGAUGCUUGCCACAAUACCUGCUUGCGUCUCAUGAAGCUGCGGCGCAAGGGGAUUGACUCCAUUAAUGGCAGCAACACUGUUGUUAAGGAGAUAUUUGGGGGUGCUUUGCAGAGCCAGGUGAAGUGCUUGUCAUGUGAUUCUGAGUCCAAUAAGGUUGAUGAGAUUAUGGACAUUAGUCUCGAUGUUUUGCAUAGUAAUUCGCUUAGAGAAGCAAUGCAAAAGUUUUUCCAGCCUGAGAUUUUGGAUGGAAGUAAUAAGUACAGAUGUGAAAGUUGUAAGAAAUUGGUGACAGCAAGGAAGCAAAUGUCAAUUCUUCAAGCACCUAAUAUCUUGGUAAUCCAACUGAAGAGAUUUGAAGGCAUAUUUGGUGGCAAGAUUGAUAAGGCUAUUGCAUUUGAAGAGGUUCUGGUACUUUCAAACUUCAUGUGCAAAGGAAGCCAGGAUCCACGGCCAGAAUAUAAUCUUUUUGGCACCAUUGUGCAUUCAGGAUACUCGCCAGAAUCUGGUCACUACUAUGCAUAUAUAAAGGAUGCAAUGGGUCGGUGGUAUUGCUGUAAUGAUUCAUAUGUGACCCUUUCAACACUUCAGGAUGUUUUGUCAGAGAAAGUCUAUAUACUUUUCUUCUCUCGUGCUAACCAAAGGCCAGUUUCUGCCGGUGCCACAUUUAUUGCCAAUGGAGUAAAAUCAAGCAAUCUCAAUGGCAGUGAGGCAUAUAAAAGUCCAAAGAUGUCAGUUGCACCAAAAGCUGUGCCUACAAAACACAGUGUUAAACAAUCUUCACCCAGUGAUAUUCCAUCCAUGUCUAAGGUUCAUAAAGUGCCUUCUAGUCCUCAGAUAAAGUUCAAUAUUUUUGGGAACUCUAGCUCCAGAAGGGUUCCUACAACUGUUGACAGAAAGGCCGACACUUACAAGAGUCAAAACAUGAAAAUGAAUUGGGAUGAAAAGGGGACAGUUCAUACAGAGAAACAUGACAAAGAUGUAUCACCAGUGGUAAAUGGAAAUGGUUGCAACAAAAACAGAACAGUUCAUGCUGAGACCUGCCCAGCAAUUGCAGUUUCAAGUGAAAACAGUGUCACUCAAAAUGGUGCCUUCGACUCAGAAAAGGUGAAUGGAUAUGAAGCUACUUGUUCUAUGGGCAGAACAACAAUGGAAAAGGGGUCAAAUCACCUUGAAUUGCAGAAUGGUGGAGAGAACGGGAAUUCUGGCAACUCAGAGUUGAAGAGGAAAUCAAAGGAGGAUAAAUUCAUUUUAUUUGCACAGGAUUCUCAUUCUCAAGCCAAAGUUGAAGAGUUGAAAGAAGUGCUCAAGCAAGAAGCUUCUUCGGGUUUGCGAUCCUGUGGUUGGUCUAAUAAGGUAUACAGUUUUAUGUGCUCAAGGAAGAGGUUAUGUGAACGAGAAGAAAGGAACACCUCAGGUGAUAUUGAAUUAAAGAAGCUGUUGAUUGCAGAGGCCAAAUCAACCUUUAUUUCACAGAUACCCGAAUCAUUGAAAGAAGAUCUAGUCAAACAUCUUCGGUCAUUAAGCCAAGAGAAGUGACAUUCUGAGUUAAUGAUAAUUAAGGAGUCUCUCGAUGGUUGUUGGUGACUCCAUGUACAAACUGUAUGACUAAUUGAUGAAACAUCAUUUUUGCGGAAGACAAUAACUGGGGUGUUUCCUAAUUUGUCUAUUUGAGUAAAUGUUCCCAGUUGCAGCAAGAGGUUAUUAAACAGCCUUCUAUUUUUUUAAUUUUUUUUUCUUUUCCCUUUCUAUUGUUAUAUUGUUGUACUGGUAGGUUCCCAAUGGGUGGUGUUUAGAUGAAAGGGCCGAGUUCAAAUCCUGCCAACAUAUUUCUUCCUUAAGGCUUGAAAUUUGGUUUUGGUGAACUGAAGAAUCUCAUAGAUUUUGUACUAUAUCCUUUUUGGUAGCAUCUUUUAAUGUACCAUCCUGAGUUAAUGGGAUGAGCACAACAAUUUUCCAUCGAAAAGUGUCCAGAUAGUCCUGGCGUGAAUAUAUAUCACCAUUGAGUUAACCCCCC